AUGAGGCUUACUAACCACGGGCUGCGAAGCUCCGACCCCAGGAUGGCCAACAGAGCUGGACCCAGCGUCGUCUGCGGCCAAAAAGUUGCCGCUAGCCACCCUCUCAUCGGCAUCCGACGAAGUCCCUUCGCGAAUCGAAACGACCGGACUCUCGGCGGAGGACGGAUCAGUUCUGCCGAGGUCGGAGAGAUGAUUGCAGCGGGAACAGAUCUGACUGGACUCUAG